UGUGACGAGUUAUCACGUGAAAAGCACAUGCCUGAAAAUGAAGUUGCUGUCCAAUUUUACCCGUUGCAUUUCCACGCGCCAUUUCUUACAAGCUUUAGUCAACUCCCAACUUUACUGUACUCCACCGUUCUUCUCACCUCGACGACUGGAGAGAGAAAGUAGAGAGAGAAAUUGAAGAUCGAAGAAAUUCUUGUAAUUGUUCAGGGUUUGGUUCUUACUUUGAUUUGAGUUUGAAGAUGGUCUAAGAAUUAGGGUUUCUUUUAGGGGCUGGAUUUUGAUUGGAGGGUUUGGGUGGGUUUAUGGCAACUGGGGUUGCUGGUGGAGAGGGUGGUAGUGGUGGUUUUUCCAAGGAUAGGAAAAAUUGGGCUGAUAGUAAAGUUUAUAGUAGGAAAUCUUUUAAAGGGCUCAAAACAAAUAUACCUAUUGAAAAAUCAUCAAAUUUGGGUUCACAAGAGUUGAAUUUCGGGAAGGAGCUUGGUUUUGAGGUGGGUUCUGACGAUUCUUCGUCGUUGAAUCGUGUCCACCGAGGGGGCAGUAAUCCUGUUCGUCGUGAUAUGCAUUUGGGGAAUGGGAUAAGUGGGGCAGGGUUUUCCCCGGUUGAUAUUCGUGUUUCGAUUAAUUUGGCGCAUAAGACAAAGAAGGAGAGGCGUGAACUGAGAAGGAAGCUUGAGGGUGAGCUUAAUUCAGUGAGGAGUUUGGUGAAGAAGCUGGAACGUAGUGGUAGUAGUUUAAGGUCUUUGGUGGAUGAUGGGAACAAUGAUGUGGGGAAGUUGAAAAGAGUUCACUCUGAGGUUGGUUCGGUGGGUUGGCAUGACAGUAGGCCUAUUGACCAGCUGAGUAUUACUGUACCAGAACAUAGUCAAGGUGCCAGUGAAAACGUGGAGAAGGAGAAGAGAACCCCUAAAGCAAAUCCGUUCUAUCAGAGUUCGGAAUUCAUUCUGGGAAAGGAAAGGAUCCCACCUCCGGAGCAGAACAAGAAGUCAAAAGGCAUGGGGAAAAAGAAUGGGGAUUCGGGGUCUGGAAUUGGAAUGAGCAACUCUUUGAGUAAGGUAUUUAAGAACUGUAGUUUGUUGCUGGAUAAGGUAAUGAAGCACAAGCAUGGAUGGGUCUUUAAUACCCCUGUUGAUGUCAAGGCCCUUGGUUUACAUGAUUAUUUUACUAUUAUUAAGCAUCCUAUGGACUUGGGUACUGUGAAAUCUAGGCUAAAUACCAAUUGGUACAAAUCUCCUAAAGAAUUUGCUGAGGAUGUCAGACUCACCUUUCAUAAUGCAAUGACAUAUAAUCCAAAAGGGCAUGAUGUCUAUAUAAUGGCUGAGAUACUGUCAAAGAUGUUUGAGGAGAAGUGGAGCAGUGUAGAGGCAGAAUAUAUGCGAGAGCUCAGAGCUGCUGCGGACAAUGAGGGCAGUCUUCUAACUCCAACAUCGAGAAAGGCUCCUCAAGCUACACCAUUGCCUCCGCCUCCUGCUGAUAUGACCCGGACAUUGGACAAAUCAGAAUCUAUGACAAAUUCUGGUGCUGUGAAAUCCAAAAACCCGAAUUCUACGCCAACAGGCAGGACUCCUGUUCCCAAAAAGCCAAAGGCAAAAGAUCCACAUAAGCGUGACAUGACAUAUGUGGAGAAGCAGAAGCUUAGCACUGACUUGCAAAAUUUACCUUCCGAGAAGCUUGACAAUGUUGUCCAGAUUAUUAGGAAAAGGAAUCCUUCACUCUGUCAAAAUGAUGACGAGAUUGAGGUGGACAUUGAUAGUGUUGACACCGAGACUCUUUGGGAGCUGGACAGAUUUGUGAUGAACUAUAAAAAGAAUAUGAGCAAGAUAAAGAAAAAAACUGAGCUGAGCCAGGGUACAGGUGAUGCUGAGCAAAUUGUAGGAAAGAAUGAAGCUCCAUCCAUCUUGAAUGAAUCAAAGGAGAAUAAAGCUGAAGAAACAAAUGAUAUUUUAUUGCCUCCUGUUCAACGUGAAAAGCAAGCUGGCACUGCAAGCAGAUCAAACAGUUCAAGAAGCUCAAGCAGUGGUUCUGGAUCCUCUUCCAGUGAUUCUGACAGUGAUACUUCCUCAACCUGAGAAAUGGGCACAGGCAAUAUCAGGGGAUUUUCAGCUCUCUGUUUAGAUUGUGGAUUUAAGGAUGAAGGAGGGUGCAUUGCUGAUAGUCGAUGGUAGCUUUUGCUUUCUGAUAUGAAUCUUGAUGUGCUAAAGUGGUGGUGUUGUACAGUGGCUCUGACCAUUCUUGAGGCUUUCUCUACUGUCAUAGUACUUGUUGUAUGGAGUACAGGAUUCUGAUGUGCAUAAUGGUGGGAAAGCCUUGGCCUUGCUAGGUUGUAUUUGUGAUUGCCGUUAUGUUUCUUGUUAGUUAGAUAAUUUAGUUAUAGCUUUUGCUACUUUGUCUAUAUCGCUAACUGGUGCGACCCCUUUCUAGACUCAGUCAAUUUAGAUGUAUUUAUCUGUUGGGGAAAUUCACUGUUAACAGAAGCAUCUAAUCUCCAUAGUAUGGCUGUAAAACAAUGCUUUUGCUCCUGAUCUGUGUUACCUGUCAGUUUACUGGAUUGAUCUCA